GGAGCCGCCGCCCGCGCCCCUGCCCCCGCCCGCGGAGCUGAGGCGGGAGUCCGGCGGGCAGCGUGGGGCCGCGAGGCGCGCGUCGAGCUCGGGGCCGGCGCUCCGGCCGCGAGCGCCGGGGCCGGGAGAUGUGCCCGGAGGAGGGCGGUGCGGCCGGGCUGGGCGAGCUCCGCUCCUGGUGGGAAGUCCCGGCCAUCGCGCACUUCUGCUCGCUCUUUCGCACCGCGUUCCGCCUGCCCGACUUCGAGAUCGAGGAGCUGGAGGCGGCGCUGCACCACGACGACGCCGAGUUCAUCAGCGACCUCGUCGCCUGCCUGCUGCAGGGCUGCUACCAGCGCAGGGACAUCACGCCCCAGACCUUCCACAGCUACCUCGAGGACAUCAUCAACUACCGCUGGGAGCUGGAGGAGGGGAAGCCCAACCCGCUGAGGGAGGCCCGCUUCCAGGACCUGCCCCUGCGCACGCGGGUGCAGAUCCUGCACCGGCUCUGCGACUACCGGCUGGACGCCGACGACGUCUUCGACCUGCUCAAGGGCCUGGAUGCGGACAGCCUCCGCGUGGAGCCACUGGGGGAGGACAACUCGGGGGCGCUGUACUGGUACUUCUAUGGCACGCGGAUGUACAAGGAGGACCCGGCGCCGGGGAAGCCCGGCGGGGAGCUCGCCUGCAGCAGGGAGAGCGAAGGACAGAAAGGUGUCUCUGGUGUUCCUGGGAAAACGGGAAAGAGGAGAGGAAGGCCCCCCAAGCGGAAGAAACUGCAGGAGGAGGCUGCAGCGAGCGGAAAGCAGGACGGAAGCUCCUCGGCGCCCGAGCUGCGGGCGAGAAAUGGCUCCCAAGGGCCCGGCCAAGGCACCUGGUGGCUCCUGUGCCAGACGGAGGAGGAGUGGAGACAGGUCACGGAGAGCUUUCGGGAGAGGACCUCCCUCCGGGAGCGGCAGCUCUACAAGCUCCUCAGCGAGGACUUCCUGCCCGAGAUCUGCAGCAUGAUCGCGCAGAAGGAGACGCCCCUGCUGGCCCGGAUGGAGAAGCAGAAGCGCCGGGAGGAGGAGGAGGAGCGCCAGGUGCUGCUCGCAGUGCAGAGGAAGGAGCAGGAGCAGAUGCUGCGGGAGGAGAAGAAGCGGGAGCUGGAGGAGAAGGUCAAGGCCGUGGAAGACCGAGCGAAGCGGCGGAGGCUCAGGGAGGAGCGGGCGUGGCUGCUGGCCCAGGGGAAGGAGCUGCCCCGGGAGCUGUCCCACCUGGACCCCGGCUCCCCUGCGAGGGACGAGAGGAGGACGAAGGACCUCUUUGAGCUGGACGACGACGUCACCGCCAUGUACAAAGUCCUAGACGUGGUCAAGGCGCACAAGGACUCCUGGCCCUUCCUGGAGCCUGUGGACGAGUCGUACGCCCCUAACUACUACCAGAUCAUCAAGGCCCCCAUGGACAUCUCGAGCAUGGAGAAGAAGCUGAAUGGAGGCGUGUACUGCACCAAGGAGGAGUUUGCGAGCGACAUGAAGACCAUGUUCAGGAACUGCCGGAAGUACAACGGGGAGAGCAGUGAGUACACCAAGAUGUCGGACAACCUGGAGCGGUGCUUCCACCGGGCGAUGGCGAAGCACUUCCCCGGCGAGGACGGGGACACGGACGAGGAGUUCUGGGUCAGGGAGGAUGAGAAGCGGGAGAAGCGGCGCAGCCGGGCGGGGCGGGGCGGCGGCAGCCAGGUGUGCACGCGCUCCCGCGACCCCGAGGGCCCCAGCCGGAAGCAGGCGCCUGCGGAGAACGGAGGGAAAGUGCUGCCGCCCUCCCGCCGGGCCCCCCCCUCGUCCGGAGACGGCCCCAGCAGCAGCCCCGCGCAGCCCCCUCGGGACACGGGGGCCACCAGCGGCCGGGGCCUCGCUCGUCCCCCACACUGCAGUGGGCCGCCCAGCCAGGCGCCUCUUCUGGGCCCGACGCGGCCUGCGGUGCCCGGGACGUUCGGCCCUCUCCGAGGAUCGGACCCUGCCGGCCUGUUCGUCCCCUCCCGGGUCCCGGAGCCGCACCCCGGGGAGCCCCUGCAGCAGCCACAGCUGUUUGCUGUGCAGCCUCCGGUCGGGACGGACAAACGCCGAGGGCCUGGGCUGGGCACGCCCGACGAGAAGCCCGUGUGUGGGGGGCUCGCCCACCUCUCCCACGGGGGGUUGCGCCCGGGGCCCCUGCGCCUCGGGCACGGGAGUGGCCCGGGUCAGGAUGGAAGUGCGUACCCCCCGGCUCAGUUCCAGCCCGGGCUGAUGGCGCCCCGGCACGGAGGGGUCCCGGCCCGGCCCCUGGACUUCCCUGAGAGCCCGGAACUUCCUCCCAGCCACGUGUACCGCCCGUACAAAUACCUGAGCCGAGCUCACCCUGCCGUCUGGAACGGGAACCACGGCACCGUGAACCCCGGGCCUGCGGGCCCCGGCGACAAGGCCCUUCUGGAGGCCGGCCUCCCGCACCAGCCGCGCAGCCUGGGCCACGCGGGGGUGGACUCCCGGGGCAUGCGGCCGCCGCCGCCUCCCGGCCAGUGGGCCGAGCGCCCCAGUUUCCUACCUCACGGCGUUCCCCCUCCGGGGUACAUGCGGCCCCCCUGCAGGCCCGCUGGGCCCCGGCUGCAGCCCCCGCCGCUGGCGCCGGGCCCCCUGUUUGGAGCCCCCUCCCAGGCUCUGCGCGGGGUGCAGGGCGGGGACUCCAUGAUGCAGAGCCCCGAGAUGCUGGCCAUGCAGCAGCUGUCCUCCCGCGUGUGCCCGCCCGGCGUGCCUUACGCCCGGCCGCCCGCGCCCCCCCACGUGCCCGGCCCCUUCCCGCAGGGGGCUCACACCGUGCCGGUGGGCCUGCCAGUCCCCAAGCCUGCCUUGGGGGACCCCGGCAGGACACAGGACAACAGCGAGACGCGGGAGCCCGAGCACGACCCAGCAGCGUCCUUGCCUGGGCUCGAGAAGCCCCCCGGGGCAGACGCCUCCGACGGCAGGCACCUCCCGCAGCCACCUCGCCCUGCGCCCCCCCGGCAGAGCUCGCCCCGGGACGGGGGGGCCGAGGGCCCCGCGGCCUCUGAGGACAACUGCCGGGCAGCCAAGGGCAAGAGUGCCUGGGCCUCGGAGAGCAGCUACCCCGGCCCCACAGCUCAGGGGUGCACGAGGGACCUGCCCGCGCUGGUCGGCCGAGGGGCUCUGCCCGAGAACGGGGUGCUGUCUGAAGGGCCCCCGUGCGGCUCGGAGGGGAAGGGCCUCGGGGGCUGUGGCCUGGAACAGCCCCUCUGUCCCAGGGGCAAAGCGCUGCAGGACCCUGUGCUGUGUGCCGGGCCGAGCCCUGCGACGCCCCCCGGCGCAGACCCCGGUACGGCGGGGGGCGCCCUGGGCCAGUUCCCUGCCCUGUACCUGCCUGGCCUGGAGUACCCCGGCUCGGCUGCCCACUUCCACGGCGGCGCUGGCCUGCAGGGCCUGGGCCCCGCCCUGGGCGCCAAGCCCUCGGGGCCCCAGCCGUCGCAUUUCCCGCCUCGGGCCUUCCACCCCGGCAGCCCUCCCUCGGGGGCGUUCCCCCGGUAUCGGCCCCACCAGGGAAUGAGGUAUCCCUACCAGCCGCCGCCUCAGCCUUCCUACCACCACUGCCAGCGAACUCCGUACUACCCCUGCGCCCAGGGCUUCCCCGACUGGCAGAGACAGCUGCCGGCCCCGGAGAGCCCGGGCGGGCCCCCCGCCAGCCAGCCGCCCCCCCCGAGGCCCCUGUUCUCGGACAAGAGCACCAUGGUCAGCCUGCAAGGCUGUGAGACGUUGAAUGCUGCCUUAAUGUCCCCCGCCCGCGUGGACGCGCUGGCCGCCAAGGCCGCCACCGCCGACGGGCAGGGCCCCGGCCCGGAGGAGGAGGAGCUGGACGAGCCCCUGGAGCGGCCGGAGAGCCCCAAGGAGUUCCUGGACCUGGACAACCACAACGCGGCCACCAAGCAGCAGGGCGCGCUGCCUGCCAGCGAGUACCUCUACGGGGCCCCGCCUCCGGCCCUGGGCGCCGGGAUGGGGUUUGCGCCCCCCGCCUUCCCGCCGCACGGGGGCGUGCUGCAGGCCAGGCCUCCCUACGCCCCGCAGCCGGCCGGCCACUUCCAGCCCCGGGCCUUCGCCUCCGCCGUGGCCUCCCAGCCCAACGGCCUCCCGCCAGAGGGCCCCGUCUACCGCUGCCCGGAGGACGGCCUGGGCCACUUCCAGGCUGUGAUGAUGGAGCAGGCGGGGCCGGCGGGGGCAGCGAGGGGGCCCUUCCAGGACGCGUACAGGCCCUCGGGCGUGCAGGUGCAUCCCGUGCAGCCGCCACCCUCUUUCCCAAAGACCCCCGCCCCAGGAGCGCUGCAGGAAGAGCUGCCGCCCCACAAGGCCCCGACACUCCCCCUCGAUCAGAGCUAGUCCGGGGAGGAAACAGCCCCAGGAGACAGAAGGCUGUACAAGACGUCGGACCGAGGGGCCAGGGAGUCUCGCCCUCCUCUGCUCCCCGCCCUGCCGCACCCCCC